AUGAGGCGGGCGGCCAAGGAGCCCGUGCGGGAGAUGCGCGGCCACGCGGCCGCCGUGGAGUCGCUGGCGGUGCUGCCUGGCGACAUCCUCGCCAGCGCCUCCGCCGACGGCACCGUGCGUCUCUGGGACGCCGCCCGCAGCUGCGAGCCGUCGUGGCUGUGGAGCGCACCGGGCAAGGGCCCCCUGGCCAGCGCG